AUGGAACGAGGCACUGCAGAAGAAGAGGCGGCAUUCUUGUCGAGAAUUGAGACGGUCCCUUUCCGAGCAAGAGAAUCGCGGUCAAGAUUCGGGGAGGCCUUCCUCCUUUCGAACGCUUUCGCCGUCCCAGUAUUGCUUGUACUUCUACUUCCAUCAAUUGCCUUCAAUAUCUGGAUAGUUGUUAGUCCCCAGAGGAACUUCCUUGGCCCGCAUGAGACCGAUCUCGAGGACGCCCGCAGAGCCGUACAAUACGAAAGCCGGAAGUUCACCGGUGCCCUUCUUUUCGACGAGAGCUCCUUCCGUGUGUACCGCGAGUUGGAUGCUGAACGUCAGUUCUUUGGGCCUCCAAGUGCGACGAUUGAUGACGCAUGGAGCGACUUGCUUCGGAAUGAAUAUCCCGUCAUGACUGAAGAAGAAGCAGCGCCCUUCCAACCCGAGCUCAAAAGAAUUCCACCUGCACAUGGCCAUUUCUACUUCGAACCGGACGUUACGCACUCCCUUCACUGCCUCAACGAGAUUCGGAUAGCAUUGACGGAGAAAGUUUACGGCCAAGCUGCAAACGCUUCGCACCAUCGCGUCCACUGGCCCCUUGGCGGAGAAGUCGCCCACAUCGAACAUUGCAUGGAUCGAUUGAUGCAGACGGUCAUGUGCCACGGUGACUUGUCGCCUUCGCCAUUGUACUUCUGGUACGGUCUGCCGAUAGCGCUAGGUAGAGGGAGUAGUCAUACCUGUCGCAAGUGGCAGCCUAUCCGCGAUUGGAUUGACGAGCGAAGUAGUAGGGGCUCAUUGGAUGUCUAG